AUGUUUUCCUCUCAUUUGCUCAGUCUUGCCCUUGUGCAUAUCUUGCCUGCGCUUGCUGAUGUCACGCGUGGGCAGGACAAUUGUACCUGCGGUUUCUACGACACCCAGACAUCAGAGCUCUUUACCGACUCCAUCAUCGUCUACUUCAACGAGACUACCCAAUUACCGAUCGACUUCAUCGCCGAAGACUUUGCUCAGAAGUAUGCAAAGGAUUGGAAUGCUGUCUAUCGCGAAGGCGCUUCUCCCGACAAUCUCAGAUUCAACAACGACUCUCUUCAGCUUGUUGUUGAACCUUCGACUGCCGAGCAUCUCGUUCGAGGUGCUAGUCUGCGGACAAAGCGACGCGACAUCCAGCAUGGCUCUUUCCGCACUCUACUCAAGUCUGCAGACAUGGAUUCUGCGGGCACAGCGGCAUCCAUGAUGUGGAAGUACAAUGAGACCGAGAUCACCGAGCUCAGUGUCAUGAACAUGAACAACCGACGAGACCCAUGGGUGGGCACCUUUGUCAACAACGAAUUCACUACGCGCAACCUCGGAAUGAACUACAGCCAGCUUCUAAACAGCACGGCUGCGAACCGUAACUACACUACCCUUGGUGGUGGCCUCAGCAAUGGUAGCAUCAACCCAUGGGAGUUCACCGAGUACAGGAUCGAUUGGACUGCAGACUACAUCAACUUCUACAUCGGUGGCAACCUCACUAGGCAGGUCCUACAGAAGAACAACGGUGGCAUGCCUUCUGUUCCCUCGGCCAUGUUCUUCAAGCAUUGGUCAACCGGUAACCGCUACUCCAUGCGUGGUCCGCCUGAACGCACAGAGUCUGUUGCCGAAGUUGGCUGGAUCCGAAUGUUUUUCAACUCUUCUACAAUGAGCGUAGAUGCUCGCGAGGAUUUCGUCGCCAGGUGCCCAUUGACUGAUGCGUGCUCGAUGGACGACAUUGAACUCCGCGGUUCUACGCCAUAUGGUGAUGACGCAACAGAAAAAUGGGAGCAGUACAAAGGCAAAGACAUCAGGCGCAUGCCGGCACUCUGGCUCUCCGUGUCAUGCAUCAUAUUCUCGACCGUCCUUAUCAUCCACGCCCUCAUCCGACGUCUUGCUCCCAAGCUCAAGAGUGAAGCCCCGAAACCUACCCCAGCCUCCUCCACAGAGCCAAAAGAGUCCGAAGACGAAAAGAAGAAUCCAUUCAGCGACAGCACUUUCACAGUGGCUUCGCACGAGAUCUUCUCUCGUGGUGGUGUCGACCAGAAAACUCCUUCCGCUUCCGAAAAGCGCAACUCAGACGACGACGAUAUGGCGAUCGAGAGACUCCCCGGUACCUCGACUCUCGGUGGCUCUACACCCAAGGAUGGUCUCUCCAGACCGAACUCGGUAUUCUUCGAUAGCCGUGGGCCAACUCCUUUCAACAGCAACUUCAACACUACGCGCGAGGAUCUCUACCUACCUAUGCCACCGAUGCCUGGAACGGCAGUGUCAAGAGGAGGCGACUCUAUGUUGACUAUGGUCGAUCCUCACGCAUCAAUGAUGACCCCAGGCACUCCAGGCACAGCCAUCUCAAGAGAUCGCAACUCCAUGCUCACCUUGAUGGACCCGCGCGCCACCAUGACCCCAUCCGUUCCCAUGAUCGCUCCCCACGACAAGAUUACAAUGGAGACCGUCACUGAGUCCGCACUACCAGCUCCUCGUAUGCGCCCUCAGCCUCUGCCUCAGCGACAACGUAUCGACCAUCUUGCUGGUCUGACGGCGCUCUGCUCUCUCGUGGUCACCCUGAUGCAUUUUGGUCUUACCUUCGUCCCUGCCAUCGUCACACCUGGUGCAGAUGCACACAACGCGUCUGAGCCAUGGGCCCAAAGAAUCAUCGGUCCGUUCUUGCUCAACCAGAUGUGGCUUGGUGUCUUCUUCACAACCUCCGUCCGUUUCUUGACCGCACCUUACUUGCGCAAGGGCAAGAUGGAUGAAAUCGCCAAGGCAGCCGUACGCCGAACACCCCGUCUUAUGAUUCCUGUCGCUUCGAUGGCCCUACUGGAGUACUUCUUCAUUGACGUUGGCGCGACCAAGUUCUUGCAAUACAUUCCUUCGCUGACCUGGUCGACCUGGCCCUACGUGAGCCGCUACAACAACUUCGGCCAGUAUAUCUCUGAAGUUCUCGAACUCAUGUUCCUCGUCCCCAACGCCGUCCCGCAAAUCACUCUGCACUACUGUACCGGUGUCCUCUGGACCAUCGCCGUGCAACUCCAAGGUUCCUGGCUCGUCCUUCUCGGUGCUGUCGUAGUCUACGAGAUCAAGACACCAUGGAAGCGCAUGUGCUACUACGCCUUCUGCCUCAUCAACCACUGGUACGCUCAGUCUUGGGGCACAUACCUCUGGCUCGGUCUGCUCCUUACCGACCUCGACGUGACCUACAAGUGGAAAGCGUUCCUGGCCACACGACCGGGAGCAUACUACGCCACCAUCACCUUCUUCUGGGCCUGCGUCGGCGCCAGUUUCGCCGUCAACGUCAUUCCUAACUGGGUCGACACGGACUUCAACUUCUCGACUGCGGAACGCGGCAUCCACCCCGACCCUGUAACCGGCGUAGCCAUUCAGGACACAGACCAGGCAGGCUACCCGCCAUACUACACGCCGCGUCUCAACGGUGUGCUCUUCGCAGGCGGCAUGCAAGCGAUUGUCGAGCUCUCCGCCGCGGUACAAUGGGUCCUCUCCACGCCUCCUUUCCUUGUGCUCUUCCCCCACGUCUUCACCAUCUACCUGCUCCACGGUCUUGUUUUUUGGACAUACGGAUCCUGGCUCAUGGUCGCACUUGCCGAGCGCGGAUUCAGCUACGGCAUCAACGUGACCAUUGUCGGCAUAACAUCCUACGGUGUGCUCUUCGCCUGUCUCCCCAUCGUCACGCCCAUCAUCGAGGCGCUGGGUAAAGACAUGACGGCAUUGGUAUGGAUGACAGCAACGAAGAAGUCGCCACCGAGACGUCGCACGCUGUUCCCCUUCCCGGAGGACCUCUUUACUGGCCGCGCUGUCAACGCCACUGCGGACGACAAGAAGGACGGCGGUGAUGUGGAGAACGGCAUGGGAAACCGUGCCUCUGAUGGUAGCACCCUCAAUGGAAGUACUCCGAGUAGCGGCCGCCCCAGCAACGACAAGGGCAAAGGUGUUUCCACCACGGUGAUGGAGUACAAGUUGAAGGCGUUCUCCACCGAUGAGGAUAGGAAGGACACGCAUCCUUCGGCACGCAUGAGCCACUUCUCAACAGACUGA